GCAUACUUUGCACUAGGUAUGUUCCACCUCCAGAGAGGUCACUUGAUCUCCUCGGCCUCGGCGUAUGAGUCUGCUCUCAAGCUCGCUCCCAGCAGUGCUGAUGUGCUCAUGCGGGUGGGGGAGCUGCGAUCGCGUCUAGGGCAGCACAGGAUGGCGCAGGAGGCGUAUGAGAGAGCAUGGAAGGAGAAGCCCAAGGACGGGGACGUGAUGAUCCAAGUGGGAAGCUCCUUGAGGCGACAGAAGAAGUACAAAGAGGCCAUCAAACAAUACCGCAAGGUAGUACGAUUGUCAACAGCGUCUGAGCAGGAGUGGAGCGACGCGCAAGCGUGGAUAGGAAACGUGUAUGAGCUGAUGGGGAAGCACAAGGAAGCAGAGGCGGCGUACCGACAAGUUAUCGCAAGGGUGAGGCGGCACGGGCGGGCCUGCAACAACUUGGGGUCGAUUUUGAUGGCUCGGAAUGAUGAAGAGGCCUUCUCCUCCUACAUGUGCGCCAUAGAGGCUGACCCGACCAUGUUCGAGGCCUACAACAACGUCGGA